AUGGCACUUUCCAUCUGCCUUACUCACGAUGAAAGGAAGCCAAUAACACCUGGCUCGGUGGUUCUGGGCGUGGUCAAACUCAGGAUACACGAGGACCAAAUCAUUGAGUCUCUGGAAAUUGACUUCAAAGGCCUGACAAAGGUCUUUCUGAAGCAAAACUAUGGCGACCUGGCGGCAUCGCGGGCAGAUUACCUUUCCAAAGGCUACCUCUUCAGUCGCCACCAGAAUCUCUACAGCGGAGGAGGAUGUGUCCAGCGCAAGGGGGCGUACGCGUGGCCAUUUGCAUUUCGGGUUCCGUUAUUUGCAGCUCCACGAAUCUUGCCAUCCGGGUCAAAGGACUUGUUCAAUUCGACGGUCCCAUGGAGGGGCGACCUGGUCGUGGACAAGCGACCUCACCCUCUGCCACCGAGCAUGGUGCAUACGGGCAGGUUCCUCUGCAGUGUGCACUACUUUCUCGAAGCGACCCUCGUUCAACGACCUGCUGAAAUCAAUGGCGCAAAAGGGACGAGCACGAAGGUCCAGGCGUCACGAAACAUACCCAUCCAGAGCCUGGAUAUGACCCCUCGGGCCGAAGGUGACUGGCCGUACGUCAUCCAUCGUCGCAGAAUGCGUUGUGCUUCUACAGGAGCUCACAUCCACACUGCGCUUCGUCGGAUCACCCUUCUUCCAGCAAAGGCCCUGGGAGUGUCCGCUGGGUGUGAAACAGAACUUUGCUUUUCGGUCUUGUUACCUCAGAGGAUAGACUCCGGGGGGAAGUCACCACUUUACAUCCCUGUCUCUUGCUCAAUACAACCAUCAUCGGCAGUACAGAGCUCAGGACCGGCAUCAGCUGUGAUGGAACGAUCUUUGGAGUCUAUCGAACUCUUCUUCAAGCUGUCCCUGAUCCGGCUUACUCAAGCGAGAGCAGGAUGUCACACCAGCUCAUCAAGCAAACGAAUCUUCAUGCGAAAAGGAUCGGCGACGAUGCCUGUCUCCAGCCUCGCUUCACCUACUACCACUUUGGCGGAAACAGACACAAGGACAAAUACGUCAGCGUUCUCCGUCAACCUUGGCGACAUGGCAGACCUGUCGGUUCCCACAGAGCUAUUGGUUGCAGACUUUUCAACUUACAAUAUCGCUCAAUCGCACAGCUUCGAGGUCAUUUUUCGCGUCAGAUAUGCGGGGAAGAAGCACAGGGUUGCCCUUCGAUGGGUGCCUGUCAGUGUUGUGCCACGAUCUGAAGACAACCUCGAGAGGCGACUGUUGAGCGCAGGAGUGGAGGAGGAUGAUGUAUGGGGAUGUGAUUCGGUGGGCAUCCCGUGGCGAGAGUAUGCCGCGACCAGGUCUGGUGGGAUGCGAGAAGGUCUUGAAGCCUGGGUGGAAGAGUAUGAUGAGAGCGACGAGGACGAUGGUCCAAAGACCCCACCUCCAAUGUAUACAGCGUGA